UUGCAGGCGUCGCGACCGCGAAAGCGGGCCGACGGAAGUUCAUACAACCCCCGCCUCUGAAACUUAAGCUCAACUCUAUGAAUUGUAAUUUAAUCUUGUUCAUUUCAAAAACCUUUUUUUUUAACAAAAAUAUUUCGACUAGAAGUUUCAAACUUAAUUAGUUCAAAUCACUCGUGUUUGUGCUCAGUACAACAUUUUUUAAAUUUUAGAUUCAUGAAAUAAAUCUUUUGUGAUAGAAAAGUUCGAUUCGUGAAAAGUUUACGAAAAGGCAGAAUGGAAGAAGACAUUAUUGAAGAUGAAGAUGGACCAGGCGAAGGAGUAAAUGUUGGGAGUGUAAAAGAACUUCAGGAACUUCGAGAUAGAUACGAAGGAAAGUUGACAGCUACCCUUUACACAGGACUUCUCACAGUGUCAGUUGUUGCCACUCUUUCAGCCCUCAUCGUCUUGUUCAUUUUCCCCCCUGAAGAUAUGGUGUACGUCAUGUACAUAUCAACUCUGACAACGAUGCUGGUAUCAUCCUUGAUUCUUCUAAUUAUAACGCAAUUUCCCUCUACAUUGUCCUGCCCUCGUACCAGGCUCAUCUUAGGAUUAAUAUCAUCCGCAAUACUGGGAUUCGGAGUUUUAAUAGUUGGAGGAGCAGUACCUGUUUUUUGCAGUGUCAUCGCUAUUGUUGCAGCUCUUCCAAGAAUCAGAAGACAACGACCAUCGAUUAUUGGCUUUCUUCCAGUUGUACUUUACAUCGGGAAAAGUUUCUUCAUUCUUAAUCGUGAUCAUUAUUAUCAGAUAGCUGGUGACACAUUCCUGUUAUUGGCAGCUUUAGUAGCUGGAAUUUAUUACAGAAUUCUCACAGCGAGGGCACAACGACGAACCUUUGCGGGUACCAAAACUGUAAUCGAUUCUAGAAUUAAACUAGAAUGUGAAAGAGAACAACAAGAACAAUUAUUGCUUAGCGUAAUACCUGCUUAUAUUGCUGCUGAGGUGAAAAGGAGUAUAAUGUUGAAGAUGGCAGAUGCCUGCCAGGAGGCCAGUAAGCACAAACAAACCAGAUUUCAUGAGAUGUAUGUUCAACGUCACAACAAUGUCAGUAUCCUUUACGCAGAUAUCGUAAAUUUUACACCACUAUCCGAGCAACUUUCCGCUUCAGACCUUGUGAAAACUUUGAACGAGCUUUUUGGAAGGUUCGAUCAAAUUGCCCAGGAUAAUCAGUGCAUGAGAAUAAAAAUUCUCGGAGAUUGUUACUAUUGUGUCUCAGGCCUUCCAGUUUCCAGACCAAAUCAUGCUUAUAAUUGCGUCAAUAUGGGAUUGGAAAUGAUUGAAGCCAUUAGAUUUGUAAGAGAAGCAACUGGUUUUAAUGUGGACAUGAGAAUUGGAAUUCAUACUGGAAACGUCCUUUGCGGAGUGCUUGGACUUCGAAAAUGGCAAUUCGAUGUUUGGAGUGAUGACGUCACUUUAGCGAAUCAUAUGGAGAGUGGUGGCUUACCAGGGAGGGUUCACGUGACAAAAGCUACUUUACUGCAACUUGGAGAUCGGUUCGAAGUGGAACCAGGAGGUGGAGGAUCGCGAGAAGGCUACCUUGCAGAUCAUAAAGUUGAGACGUUUCUUAUUGUUCCUCCAAAGAAGACCAAGGAGGAAAACGAAUUAAAAAAUGGGGAUGGUCACAUGAGAGGACCUGGACCGAUUCCGUCGAGAUCGAGGCCGAGCAGUAAAAUGACAAAGUACGUGGAAUGCUGGGGUGCAGACAAGCCUUUUGCAAAUAUUGCUGAAACUACUUUGGCGAAAAAUAUUGGCCUAACGAGUAUCGCAAUGAUUGAAUCCAACCUUCUAGCGAACCAUGCGAACUGUCUCAAUGUACAGCAGUGGUGUGGAGGCAGAGAAGGUAUGUCAACCCUAACUUACUGGUUUAAUGAAUCUCAUCAAGAGGAUCAAUAUCGAGAGCAAAAAGAUGAACAGUACCCCUGGUACGUCACAAUGUCUAAUGUCAUCUAUUCGACGAUGUUCUGUGUCCAAGUUAUUUAUCUCCCAAAAUAUGCUACAGUUUAUGGUUGGUUUGGCAUUGGCAUCGUAGCACUCUCUAUUCUCACUUUUAUUUUUUGGUACAUCGAAAAAAAUGGAGGCGAAGAAUCAGCGCCCAGAACUAUUAAUCGAGGAAUUAGAAUAUCUGUAUAUUUAAUUACUGCCACUUUAACUAUAGCUUCUUCUUUAUCGAGCCUAACUGAGUUUGUAGAGGACCCAGAUUACAAAAUUGCACCAGUUUAUAUUCAAUCAGGAGCCAUUGCUCUCCUGGUCGCCUGGACCCAUUUGAGGGUAGGACACCUUUUGAAAUUGGGUACGAUGCUAUUUUCAAUUUUUGUAUUAUUGGUCGUUUUUUCUCAAAUGAAACUCAUCGAACUUUAUUAUAAGAACAUCAAAAACGAGUUUUCUGGAGUUCAUUAUACGAUACAAAUUGGAUUUCUUCUUCUGCUGGUAGCCCUAAUCCUUCACGUAUUAGAUAGAAGAGUUGAGUUCACUUCCAGAACAGAUUUUUUGUGGAAAAAUAAAUUAAAAGUGGAACAAGAUGAAGUUGAGACAAUGAGAGGUAUUAAUAAGAUUCUUCUUGAAAAUAUUCUACCGGCACAUGUAGCUCAUCAUUUUCUAGCAUCAAGAACCGACCAGGAACUUUAUCAUGAGAGGUAUGCUGCCAUAGCUGUAAUGUUUGCUUCUAUUCCAAACUAUAAAGAAUUUUAUGAUGAGACCGAUAUUAACAAACAGGGUCUUGAAUGUCUCAGAUUAUUAAAUGAAAUAAUAUGUGACUUUGAUAAGCUUUUGUUAAAGCCGAAGUUCUCCAGCAUUGAAAAAAUUAAAACGAUCGGAAGUACGUACAUGCUUGCUUCCGGAUUGAGCCCUGGGAAGGAAAAUGGUGAAGGAAAGGACAUAACAAAACAAGAAGAUCAUAACGUGAUAAUCCUUGUGGAAUUUGCAAUUGCUUUGAUGACAAUCCUAGAACAAAUAAAUAGGGAAUCGUUUCAAAGGUUUAAAUUAAGGAUAGGUCUCAAUCAUGGUCCCGUCAUAGCUGGAGUUGUGGGUGCUCAAAAGCCGCAGUACGACAUUUGGGGUAAUACGGUAAAUGUAGCUUCAAGAAUGGACAGCUGUGGUGAAAUGGGAAAAAUACAAGUCACUGAAGUCACAGCAAAAAUUUUGCAAAAUGCAGGUUACGAAUUGGUAUGCCGAGGACCCACUUAUGUAAAAGGAAAAGGCAAAUUAACCACUUUCUUCGUAAAAACGCCCUUCGACGACAAGGAAGAUAGCUAUUAAUUUAAGAAAACAUCAGGAAUCUCUACCAAAAAAUCUCAAUUAUUAUUAAUAAAAUCAAAGCAAUGAAUUAUGAAUUUGUUGCAAAAAGAUCAAGAGGCAUUUACGAUCGAUGGUAAUUUAAAAACGGUCAAUCAAAUUUCAGCUAAUAGUAAAUAAUAAAUUGUUCAAGUCAGCUUCUAAUUCGAAAAGUAUUAACUGUCUAGAGCUAAAUGUUUUCAUCUAACUUUUAAGAAAUUUAAUCAAAUAUGUACAAAAAUUCGGUUACAAUUAUUUAUAUCAAUAUACUACUUCCAGCCAAAGAUUAAAUUAUCUUUUAAUUUAAA